GGAUGAGAAGAGGCAAACAGAAAGAGGUUCCAGCAGAUUCUACUUACCACGUGUCCGGCAACCAGCCCGGCGGUGUGCAGUCCGCGCAAACUGUGCGCAGGAGCCAGCGCGCCUUCGCUUUCGCCGGAAGCCUUUUCAAACCCAGCUGUGGCCGGCGUCGGCCUGGACCGGGCAACCCAUUGUGUGCAGGUGCAGGCCAGCGGCUGCGACACCAGCUUCUGUCUGGAUCCGUGCCUUGGGCAGAGGCAGUGGUGGGAGGGGCACAGGGGCCAGCGGGCGGCAGCGCCCUGCCACUCCGGCCAGUGUGGCGGCCCCGCCCCCGGCCCAGGUCCCGGUCCAGUCCGGGAGCAGCAGCCGGCAUCGGAGUGCGCGGCGCGCACACGGCACACACGGUGCGGGUCGUGCGCGCGUCCCACGGGGCCCGGAGCCCCGUCAGCAGGUGGGUCCCCGCCUAGCCGGCCGCCGCGGUGCACAAGGAGGCCUCGAGCCCACGCAGCGGACCCCAACCCCGCGGCCUGUCUGGGGGCCGGGUUGCCGGCGGCCUCUCCCGAGCAGCGGCUGGGACGACGUUGUGGCUUCUCCGCACGACGCCCUGCCUGUUCCUCCGGAUGCGCGCGGGGUGGCCGCGGACGCUGAGCGGAGUACCCGUGCGCCGCACGCUGGCUGCUCGCGGCGCCCACGCAGGACCCCUCGCCGCGGGGCCGUUCCCCCGGGAAAGGAAGCCGCGGUCGCCUGGCGGACGUGAGGACAGCAGUGGAGCCCCUCGUCCCCCGAAGACGCUUGUUUGUAUGGCAUUUGGAACAGCCACACUUUAGGAAAUGAUCUGCAAAUGGAGCCACUCCCCUGCCCAACAGGGCCCUCUGACCCCUCCCCCUCCUUCCGCCACCAACCCCUGACCCCGUGGCGUGGAAACCAUGGUGGGGGAGGGGCGCAAACGCCCUCCCACGCGGAUUCCGGUGGAUUCUGUUACAGUGUUUCAGCUGAGAGCUGGGCCCGGCGAUGCCCGCGCAGGACGUGGCAUCUCAGAGGCGCUGGGGGCGCAUCUCGGAGCAGCGGGCCGGGCAGCUGCAGCGCCGGGUGCAGGCCAAAGAGGAGCGGAUAGUUGAACUGGAAACGGAAAACGCCGUUCUUCACCUGCGACUGGCCCAGCACCGAGGAACAAGCGGGAAGGGGGCUGGCGCGGCCACCCAGCUCUGCUCCCGGUGCCCUGAGCGGGAGCCCCCGCGGAGAAGCGCAGCCCUGGCCGCACCCCAGCUCUGGCGCCGCGUUCAGGCCCUGAAGCAGGACACAGAGGCGCUGCGAGCUUCUUCUCUGGAGGUUUUCAGAGCUUGCCGGGAGCACCUGCAGGACGGGCUUUCCGAGGUGGUGGCGGCCGUGCAGAGGGCACCGCUCUGCCACGAGGCUUUGCUAGCCUGGCAGUCGAAGGCGGGCCGCCUCGAGAGGUCCUUGCAGGAGGUGAGCGCGCGGUAUGAGCUGGAGAGGCAGAAGAGGAAGGUGCUGCACAACCGUUUGGUGGAGCUAAAAGGGAAUGUCAGAGUUCAUUGUCGGAUUCGCCCUCCGCUGCCUUCCGAUGAGGAAUUCGAUGGUCAAGCUUCCCAGGACAGCUCGGCGCCCGCAGGAGUGGUCCACGCCGUGGACGACGAAACCGUCCUGGUGAGAUGGGACCGACCGGCUCACCGUUCGAUCCACAAGACGUAUAGUUUCGAGAGGGUUUAUGGUCCGGCCGAGUCCCAGCAAGUGGUGUUUGCGGAUGUGUGCCCCCUGCUUACGUCUCUCUUGGACGGGUACAACGUCUGCAUUCUGGCUUACGGGCAGACCGGAUGCGGGAAGAGCUACACCAUGCUGGGUCCGCUUUCUAAGGACGAGCACGGCGACCUCGGCAUCGUGCCUAGGGCUGCUGGGGAGCUCUUCAGGCUUAUUUCAGAAAACCCAUCCAGGAGCCUGAAGGUUGACGUGUCCAUAGUGGAAGUGUAUAAUGAUGACAUUUUGGACCUUCUGGCCAACGAGCGGCGUCCAGCGGUGUCUGGACCCCCGUGGGAGGCGCCGAUGACCAAGGCCACAAAGCGGGAGGUGUCACCGCCGACCCGAGCGCCCGUGCGCAGUGCGGAGGACUUCGUCGCGCUCGCUGCUGGAAGCCUGCGGUUCCGGGCACGGCGCGCCACUCGCGUGCACGCUCGUUCUUCCAGGUCCCACCUGAUAAUAACGGCCACUGUCACCGCAGCCCCCGCCGGCAGCAGCCCCGAGGACGGGCAGUCACUUGGACCACGGCUCCAGGGGCGGCCGGCGGGCGGCAGAGCCUCGCCCGGGCCCCCCGGGGCCCAGCGAGUGGGAGAGCAGGUGCACGCCAAGCUGCAGCUCGUGGACCUGGCGGGCAGCGAGUGUGCAGGUGUGUCUGCAGUGACAGGAGCGGCCCUCAGGGAGACUUCGUUCAUAAACCGGAGCCUGGCGGCCCUCGCGGACGUCCUGGGGGCCCUGGCGGAGCACAGAGACCACAUCCCCUACCGCAACAGCCAGCUCACUCGCGUUCUCCAGGACGUUCUCGGUAACGUGAGGGUCCCCCACCCGGAGAGGCCCCAGACCACAGGAUGCCCGGGUGCCACGCCACCUUGUCGCCUGCCCUGGGGGGCCUUGCUCCUCCUGGCCAUACCUCCGUGGGGGACGUCCCGGCCCCCAGGUCACUGUGGUCCCCUGUGUCACCGUGCAAUGGGCUGCUUGGUUUGCACGAGCCUGGCGAGCUCUCCGAGUAGGUGCUCGGCUUCUUCGUGUCCUGUGUCCCAUCCUGUCGGGUACGUGGAGGGCUCGUGCUGCUGAGCCCUUGUGCAUACACGAAGCGUGCUGGCCUCUGGCCCAUGUCCCCUUGUUCGUGCCGUGCAUUGGUUGCAGGUCCAGAAACCCAGGCUGAGGCCCUCACAGAGAGCAAGACUGGAGGGGACAGUCUGCUCUUCUCCAGGCGCCACUCGCUCUGAGGCUAGCUGCGAUAGAAUGUUCUAGACUUUCCAUGCGGCUCCUCUCUCUCUGCGCAGAUGGGCUUUCUCCUCAGGAUGAGGCCGGGCUGCAUCCAGUGUUCACGUUACAGCUUCUUCCUCUAAGAGGAUCCCCGACGCACGUGGCUGGGCGCAGGGCGGCGGGGCUCCCGGGGGCCACACGCAGGCCUUGCCGUGGCCUCCCCGUGUCUGCGCGGCUGCUUUCCCGCCCGUGUGUCCUCCCUCAGCUCUUCCUUCUCCCCGGUGUCCAGCAAGCCAAGGCAGCCGGCCGGGGACCCCGCCAGCGCACACCCACACCGGGCCCGCGCCGCCAGCCGGCACCCCACUCGUCGCGGGCUCGGCAGGGGCUGGCGAUGCCAGCUUUCCUUGGGUCUUUUCACAGGCCGUUGCUUCUUCUUUUAAAGGAGGGGACGCGAAGCUGCUGGUGAUUCUGUGCGUGUCCCCCUGCCGCAAGCACGUGGCAGAAACGCUGCGGGUCCUGGGGUUUGGGGCCCAGGCGAGGCACGUGCAGCGAGGCCCCGCCGGAGGGGGCGAAGCCGCC